AUGAAGCUCUCCAUUGUCACCUUCCUCACACUUGCAGCCGUCACCGCGGCCAUCCCCGCCGAGGAUCCGACCACCUCUGCUCUGAAGUCGCGGGUGGAGGAGAUCGCUGGCCAGGUCCAUGGAGUCGAGAACCAGGAAACCGCCACAGAUCUGUCCCAAUGCGUUGAACCGAAACUGUGCUGCGGCUCCUUGACCACUCCUUUGGAUCCCAUUUUGGACCCUAUUCUGCUUGGUCUUGGCAUAAAUGCUGCCCAGAUAGUUGGUUCCGUAGGACUGCUCUGUCACCCAUGGACUGAAGAAUGUUCCUCUGCUCCUCAAUGCUGCACUGAGGCCAACCUCCUGGGUGGGACCAUUGCUCUCGGCUGCUCUAAGCUCUAG